CAGACUUGAGGUGGGCCGACAGACAAGCUGGUCAUUGUUAUUCAUCAAACGAAGCCUUUUCCACUCCUGCUCCAAUCAAGAUGCAGUGCAGCUGCAGCUCUUCAGCCGGACACCUUUCGUCACCUUACUGGACUAGAACAGUGCUGUUCCCCGACUGGGCCUACAAGCCGGCCUGGUCUCCGGGCUCCAGACAGGUACAGCUGUGGCACUUCUUGCUGGAGCUGCUGGGGCGGGGCGAGGGCGGGGCCAUCGGCUGGGGAGGGGAGUGGGGCGAGUUCGUCAUCCGGGACCCCGAGAGGCUGGCCAGGCUGUGGGGCGAGAGGAAGGGCAAACCCCACAUGAACUACGACAAGCUCAGCCGGGCGCUCAGAUACUACUACAACAAACGCAUCCUGCACAAAACCAAAGGGAAAAGAUUCACCUACAAGUUCAACUUCAGCAAACUCAUCCUGGUGAAUUAUCCAGGAUAUCCACCGCCGCCCGGCCACCAGCUGGUACAGAGCGGCCCUCUUCCCGUCCCGCUCCUCCCGGCUGAGAGUGGCCUUCCUCUGUGUGGAGGAGCAGGGUCACUGAUGGACAGAGCGGUUCAGCCUGUGCCUCACCCCUUCUUGCUCCCGUGCUGCCUCCCCAAGCCCAUCCCGACGCCCCGGGCGCUCCACGGCCCCUUCCCCUUCAUCUCUGCCCCCGCGCGUCCGGGGGCCAACCCGAGGGAGCCGAGGGAGUCGGGCCUCCCGCCUCUCGCCUCGGCCCUCCGAGUCAGCGCCCACGGCUGGCCGCACAGGAGCCCCGCGGGGUGGGACCUGAACCGCAUCCGUCGGAGCCUGUUCGGUGGAGAGAGGCCGACGGAAAUUCAGGGAGAUGAGGGGAGGAUGGGCUGUGACACACACAUGGGGGAGAGGGAGUGAAGAAGAGGGACAAACUACAACAGAUAGACGGUUUCCCUCCUCAAAUCUCUCAAAUACACACCUUUUUGUGUCCUUUUGAGCUCAUUGUAGAGUAGUUUAUCAUUCACCUCUCUCAUUUA